AUUGUGAAAAAUAAAUACCAUUCUACUCCCCUUGAUUGACCACACAAAACCCUAAUUUGAGCCGCAGAGUAUCCUUAACCUUGGUAGCCUUCUCCUUCUCUCUCGCAGUCGCUCGACAACCAUGACUUUCAAGCGCAGGAACGGGGGCCGCAACAAGCACGGCCGUGGCCACGUCAAGUUCAUCCGCUGCUCCAACUGCGGCAAAUGCUGCCCCAAGGACAAGGCUAUAAAGAGGUUCCUUGUGAGGAAUAUUGUUGAACAAGCUGCUGUUAGGGAUAUUCAAGAGGCUGGCGUCUAUGAGCAGUACACUCUACCUAAGCUGUAUGCGAAGGUGCAGUACUGUGUUUCAUGUGCUAUUCACUCUCAUGUGGUGAGGGUGCGUUCUCGCACUAACAGGAGGAUCCGUGAGCCGCCACAGCGUUUCGUCAGGCGCAGAGAUGAUCUGCCAAAGCCUGGUCAGCCUGGUCAGCCCGGCCAAGCACCUCGUCCUGCUGGAGCUGGCAACCCUGUCCGUGCUUGAGAUCCAAUCUGUUUCUGGACACUGUUUGCCUUCGUAUGGAUGUUUGGAAUUUUAUGAACUUCAGUUUCGUCUAGUGAAAUAAUAGUUUUUCAUGGCUGAGGAUUGUUUGUUUAUUUUGAGUUUGAAUUUGAGGUCUGUUGCUAAAGACAAGUUUUGACCUUUGAACUACUCUGUGUAUCAGUGAGCAUAGCUUACUUUUCUGGAAGACUUGAAGAACCCAACAAAUUUCUAGUCAUUCUUGUCAA